AUGGGAGGACUGACGCUGAACCAACGAGAUGCAGAAUAUGAACACAAGUACAAAAAAUUAAAUCAAAAUUGUUUUAUAUCCAUUUUCCUCCAAAUUCCCACUUGCAUUGCCCAUGUAACAAUUAUAACUGAAUCUAUACUAGAGAAGCCAGUGGUAUUAUUCAGUAAAACUAGUUGCUGCAUAAGCCACACAGUGAAGUCUCUCCUGCAGGAUUUCGGAGUGAGUCCAGUUGUUUACGAGCUGGACGAGAUCCCCAGAGGCCGCGACAUCGAGGCCGCGUUAGCCAAGCUUGGGCACAACCCGGUGGUGCCAGCUGUGUUCAUAGGUGGAAAACUUGUAGGAGGAGCCAAUGAGGUGAUGAGUCUUCACCUCCAGCUGUACCUAAGGCCUAUGCUUACCCGAGCCGGAGCUAUGUGGGUCUAA